CUUUCAAACGAAUGGAAACAAGUGGAUAAAUUCUUCAGUAUUAAAUCCUUCGCGAUUAGUGCUGUUAUGAAUUUCUUGGUGCUUUCUCAUGUUCUUUUUGUGAACAAAAAUGAAGAUCAACACCGAGAUGUUGUGUUUGUGAGUGUGGUUGGAUUGGUUACCGCUACUGUUUAUUCUCUCAUGCUCCUAACCCACCGUGUGGUAAUGAAAAAGAGCCAUUUUGGCCGCGAGUUGAUGUGUCUUAUCUUACUUUUCUUUCUUGGCGGUUCACUGGCGGUAUUGGGUGGUAUCUUUGCUGACUAUCAAGGCACUGGGCUCAUCAUAAAUGGGUUAGGGACUUCUGUUGUUGUUGUCCUGAAUGCACUCACUGUGAUUCCUAUUCUGACUGGUAAGGGAUUCCCUGACGAUGAUACCCUGGCAUAUACAGUGUCUAUGUCCAUGCUGAACACCUUCGAUUCCAUGUUUUUUGUGAUGUAUGCCCAUUUUCUUGGAUCCUUUGGCUCAUUUCUAUCGGUGGUCAGUCUUCUGAAUGCUUUGGGUGGGGUGGUGCUGUUUCUCCUGUUGACUGUGUCUGCACUGCGGAAGGGGCUACGGAAGGUCAAGAACUGGUGUCAGUCAUGCGCCGCAAGCUGCGGCGGCUUCUUUCGGCUCAUCAGUUUCAUUAUCAGCUUUGGUCGCCACGGCAGGAACGACUGAAUGGAUCGAGAGAGUUUCGGAGAACUGCUUUGCCGGCGAAAACCAAAACUGUCCCUUGAAACAAAGUUUUGUAAUGAUAUGGCCACCUGACGAUCAGCUAUGUCGCCGGUGUGCACUGUUUGCAGUUUGCCCCGAAGUUUUGUAGUGAUCUGGCCACGUGACGAUCAGGAUAUGUCGCCAGUGUGCACUGUUUGCAGUUUUAUUCGUACCCUUUAUUUCUCACUUUGUAGGAGAUAUAUACUACAGUAUAAGUUAACAGCGCAACGGCAGAACCAUAUAUGGGUCAUCCGAUUCAAUGUUAUAUG